GUCGCGGCGCCGGCCCGGGAUAAUGGGCGUGUCUCUCUCUCCCCAACUCCCUGCCCUGCACCCCGGCUCCCAGGUUGUAAAAUCAAAGCGCUGCGGGCGAAGACCAACACUUACAUCAAGACCCCGGUCCGCGGGGAGGAGCCUGUCUUUGUUGUGACGGGCAGGAAGGAGGAUGUGGCCAUGGCUCGCAGGGAGAUCAUCUCCGCGGCCGAGCACUUCUCCCUGAUCCGCGCCUCCCGCAACAAGAACGCGGCGCUCAACGGCGCGGCGCCCGGGCCGCCCCACCUGCCCGGCCAGACCACCAUCCAGGUGCGCGUGCCCUACCGCGUGGUGGGGCUCGUGGUGGGGCCCAAGGGCGCCACGAUCAAGCGCAUCCAGCAGCAGACGCACACGUACAUCGUCACGCCCAGCCGCGACAAGGAGCCGGUGUUCGAGGUGACCGGCAUGCCCGAGAACGUGGACCGCGCGCGCGAGGAGAUCGAGGCGCACAUCGCCUUGCGCACCGGCGGCCUCGUCGAGCUCACGGACGACAACGACUUCCACGCCAACGGCACCGACGUGGGCUUCGACCUGCACCACGGGGCGGGCGGGGCGGGCCCGGGCAGCCUCUGGAGCAAGCCCACGCCCAGCAUCGCGCCCACGCCGGGCCGCAGGCCGCUCUCCAGCUACCGCGACGACAGCUCCAGUUCGCUCGGCAGCGCCUGCACGGACUCGCACUUCGGCGGCAGCGCGGCCGCCACCCCGCGCCUGGGGAAUUUGGCCCCCCCAGUUGGGUUUCAGUGUUGCCACGUGAAGCACGUGGGGGAGAGAGGGGCGCCUGGAGGUGGACCUGCCCCUCCGGCUCCCGGGGCUGUUGGCCGCCUGCUGGCCGCUGGGCGGGUCCGGAAGCCGCUGUCCAGCCAGCAGCCCAGUGGCUGCCCGUCACCCACCGUGGGCUACCCGGGCUUGCAGUGCUGCGGGCGCCUUGGGGCAGAGCCGGGGGCAGGGCGCGGGUAG